GGCCAAGCACUGGAACAAGCUCCCUAGGGAGAUGCUCCUGGCCUAGGCCUGCCAGCAUUCAAGAAGUGUUUGGAGGACACUUCUCUUGGCUCUAUGGUUUAACUUUUAGGUUGCCCUAUGUGGAGUCAGGAGUUGGUUUUGAUGACCCUCAUGAGUCUCUUCCAACUCAGGAUAUUCUCUGAUUUCAUGACAUAGAUUAUUCAGCUGUAACCUGUGGGAGAACAGGCGGAGAUGGUGCUGGGGGCACUCUUGCCCCUGCUUUGUUGCAGCUGUGUUAAUUACCCAAGAGUGGGAACAGCCUUGCCCUCACAGCUGUGGGGGAUAGAAGAGUGAGUAGGCAGGAGUCAGUUGGAGUCUGUUGGCUGUGCUGUGAAGAGGAAGGGACAGGAGGUUGUCCAAGGGACAGACAGGGUGAGGUGGCCGUGUGAGGGACAGGAAACAGCAAGCUGAAACUGCAGCAGAAAGAGUCAGAGCUGUGUGGGAUGGUUCAUAGGACUGCAACAUGGCAAAGGGCAUUUACAAGCCAAGACAACUGGGAGAUUUGCUGGUGCCUUAGGAAGCUACUGACACCCUUCCCUGUAAGGCAAGGAGAAAGGCAUACAUGUAAAGCAGCAGCUGGAGAAGCAAAAGGCAAAAUCUUUUUAGGAAGCUAGAAAAUGACAAAAAACUUAAUACUGAAAGACUUAGUGGAAAAUAAUAGUGAGGUCCUGCCCAUAAAGGAGCAGCAGUGCAAAGAUCCUGAGCUGAUUUUUAUGAAAGCUGAAACAACAUCAGGAUGCCUGAAUAUUUAAGGAUAAUUAAAUGGAAGUCCCCAAAGCUGCUGUUGAAGAAGAGAAAUAGAUUCACGCUCACACAAGUUGUUGAUAGCUUUGUGAGGUUCUGCUCCUCAAUGUCUGCAUGCCUCUGACCCCAGAACCUGCACAGAUCCAUGAAUCUUCAUCGUGCAGCAAGUGGAGUAGUGGAUAUUGUGGAUGAGACCUGGGUGCAGACACAGCAUCCUGUUGUGGCCACAGCCAUGUGGAUCAGCACUGAGAAGUGGCAAGGCUGGUUGGAGACCCCGAAGCUUCAUAUUUGGGGAGGCAAAAGGAAAAGCUGAGCACAGACAGGUCACCACGUGUAUUUUUGAGCCGUGCAUAGGGGUUCUUUCCUUAUAUCACUAAAACGUUGCCACUUAUGACUUGGAAUGCAAUCACUUUGCAAUAUACAGUGAAGAGCAGGAAGAUAAAGAGGAUGUGAUAUGAAAUGAAACUAAGAUGAAGAUAAGGAGAUAACACCCUCUGUGCAAAUGACAAGGUAUCUCCUCAUUUUUAACAAAUUCUCAUUGUGAGGAAAUCACUUUGUCCUGGAUAAAGGUACUAGGCAAACAGAUCUCUUGGCAUCUAUCUGAUGUGCUAUUUUGGAAACGGUUUGGCUGUUUUACCCACCACACUCUGCACGCUUUGGCUACGGGAGUGAUUCUGAUAAGAUCCAAGGAGCCUAUUCAGCACUUGGGUACCAUUAAGCACUGAAAGAGGAGAAGCAGUUCUGAAGGUGGCUUGUGGGCUCUUUGUUUUCUAGACCCCUACCCGUGAUGAUUCCACCAUCUGCACCAAGCCCCGUCAGCGAUGCUGCGCUCUUGUCAGGUGUGGCUUCCCAGGAAGUCUGGAGGUCCCCAGUUCCAGGCUACUCUGGACUGCCCACACGGCACAUAAGUCACCGGGCCAACAACUUCAAGAGACACCCGAAAAGGAGAAAACACAUCCGGCCUUCGCCGCCGCCGCCGCCAAACACUCCGUGUCCUCUUGAUCGGGUUGACUUUGGGGAUCUCCAGCCUCAGAGGUCUUUCUUGGAACUCCUUUUCAACGGGUGCAUUCUCUUUGGGCUUGAAUUCAGCUAUGCCAUGGAAACAGCCUAUGUUACCCCUGUGCUGCUCCAGAUGGGGCUUCCAGACCAACUGUAUGGGAUGGUGUGGUUCAUCAGCCCUAUAUUAGGGUUUUUGCUACAGCCUUUGCUGGGAGCCUGGAGUGACAGAUGCACUUCAAGAUUUGGGAGGAGAAGACCUUUCAUUCUGGUUUUAGCAGUAGGAGCAUUGCUUGGGCUCUCACUUAUGCUGAAUGGCAAAGAUAUAGGGAGUGCCUUGUCUGACACUGAGAAUAACCACAAAUGGGGGAUCAUCCUUACGGUCUGUGGUGUCGUCCUCAUGGACUUCAGUGCAGAUUCAGCAGACAAUCCCAGUCAUGCCUACAUGAUGGAUGUGUGCAGCCCAGUGGACCAAGACAGGGGCCUCAACAUCCAUGCUUUGUUAGCAGGUCUUGGAGGUGGCUUUGGUUAUGUUGUUGGAGGAAUACACUGGGAUAAAACCAGUUUUGGAAAAGCUGUAGGAGGGCAACUUCGUGUCAUCUAUGUCUUCACCUCAGUGGUACUGACUAUUGCUACUGUGCUGACUCUAGUUAGCAUUCCAGAGAGACCCUUAAAGUCCUCUAACAGGAAGAAAAAGGUGAUGAAAAGUCCAAGUCUUCCUCUCCCUCCUUCUCCACCUUUCUUCUUUGAGGACAGUGUAAAUGAAAACUCUGCUUCUCAUAACUCAGCUCACUUACAUGCAAGUUUUACGAGUCCUGUUUCCCCCAUGAGCCCACUCACGCCAAAAUACGGGAGUUUUAUCAGCAGAGACAAUUCUUUGACGGGAAUUAAUGAGUUUGCAUCAUCCUUUGGGACUUCAAAUAUUGACAGUGUGCUUAUAGACUGUUUUACAGGCGGGCAUAGUAAUUACGUGACACUUCCAGCUAGUUUGUCCAGGCAGCCUGUCAGUGUCAGCUUUCCUCGGGUGCCUGAUGGCUUUUACCAUGGAGCAAAUGGAAUUCUGGAGCAAGGGGAGAGCAGCUUAACAUCAGGGCCUGAUAGUGAUGUGCUGAGAGUGGGCUCACUGGAUGCAAUAAAGCCACGGUCAUCGGGGAUCUUGAAAAGACCUCAGACCUUGGCCAUUCCAGAUGCUGUAACAGGACACUGCCCAGAGAAUAACAGAAGAAGAAAUGUAACCUUCAGCCAACAGGUUGCUAAUAUCCUGCUGAAUGGUGUGAAGUACGAGAGCGAGCUGAACGAAUCGGGAGAGACCUCGGAGCAGCCCCUGUCCGUGAAGCUGCUUUGCUCCACCAUCUGCCACAUGCCCAAGGCUCUCCGUAACCUCUGCAUCAACCACUUCCUAGGGUGGCUUUCAUUUGAGGGGAUGUUACUCUUCUAUACGGACUUCAUGGGAGAAGUAGUGUUCCAAGGGAACCCAAAAGCACCUCACAACUCAGAUGAGUAUCAGAAGUACAACACUGGGGUCACCAUGGGCUGCUGGGGAAUGUGCAUCUAUGCAUUCAGUGCUGCUUUCUAUUCAGCCGUGCUGGAGAAGCUGGAGGAGCGGUUUAGCACACGGACACUGUACUUCGUGGCAUAUUUGGCCUUUGGGCUGGGCACGGGCCUGGCCACGCUCUCCAGGAACGUCUACGUGCUGCUGUCCCUGUGCGCUACCUACGGCAUUCUGUUCGCCACGCUCUGCACGCUGCCCUACUCCCUGCUCUGCGACUACUACCAGAGCCGAGAGUUCGUAGGCUCGCAGGCGGAGGGCACUCGGCGUGGGAUGGGCGUUGACAUCUCCUUGCUGAGCUGCCAGUACUUCUUGGCGCAGAUCCUCGUGGCCCUGGCCAUGGGGCCGCUGACGGCGGCCGUGGGCAGCGCCAGCGGCGCCAUGUACUUCUCCAGCCUGGUGUCCUUCCUGGGCUGCCUCUUCUCCUCCCUCUGCGUCACCUACGAGCUGCUGCCCGCCGAGGAGCUGCCACCCGCCGAGGAGCAGCGCCCGCUCCUGCCCCGUGCGCGGAACGAAUAAAUGGGAGAAGCUGCCACAGCCUCUGCUGCCUCAUUUCCUCACCCUUGGCCUCCCUAUCGCGACAGGACGGGCUGUGCGCCCCUGGGACGGCAGCACCGGGCUUGGCAAGCGGAAAGGUCGGUGUGUGCUGGCUUUGCUGAGCUUUCCUCUGCCCGUGGGAAGGCGAGGGGUGAGUCAGCGGCGCCUGGCACUGCUUGUCCUUCCCCCGAGGUGGCAGAGGCCUGUCUGUGCCCCUGGGGCCACAGCAGCGGGAAGUGUUCGUUCCCUCCAGCUGCCUCGUGGUGCUGUCAUCCCGGGGCAUGACUGGCAUUGCCCGGCAUGAGGAAGGAGACCUGAAAGUCUGGUGCCUGGGCAGGACAGCCUGCUUCUCUGGAGUGGCAGCGAGCUGCUGGGCUGCACGCACUGCUGCAGAGACUGCCACCGUGGGAAUGGUGACGUGCCAGUUUUGGGGCAGAAGGUGCCAUCUCCUGGCCAGGCAGAGCUGCCUCGGUCGCCAAGGGCGGUGGUGAUUCCUGUGAGGCCUUUGGGAGCUGCAGGUCCAACCUACGGCCUCUGCCUGUGGAAGGCCUGGCUCUGGAGGGUGCUUUUCAAAACUUUGGGGAGGCUGAGAGCAGCUGGUCUUGCUUGGGUGGUGUGAGUCCUCUGUCAAGUGCCAUGAGGUUCUGGGUGCACAGAACUCCCACCAGCAGAACUGCUACCAGACACCCCUGUGGGCUGAAGGCGCUGGGGCCUGGCUCCCACCCCCCACUCUGGAGCUCCUGGCUGUGGUCCUUGGUGAUGUUUGCCAACAUGUUCAUAUUUCCUUCCUCUUUAGAGUUUAAUUAAGACUACAGGGGUUUGUGAUGACUUAGCAGGAGGAUUUGUCCAUAAUCCAACUUGGCAGUUGUCCAUAACCCAGUUUUGGGGAGAAAGGUCUUUUCCCAUCAACCUCCCUUGGGCAGAAGAUUCCUCUCAAGAACUUACAAGAAAAAUCAUAGAUAUGGAAGCCUGCAUCACAUCAUUCUUGUUUAUACAGUUUUACCUUGGGGCAUUCUGAACUCUGGGGAUCAGUGACUAAGUGCUUGUCAAUUAGAGCUGCAUCUUCCACAUCUCAGUGAAACCAGUAAAAGGGCUUCAGGUUUCAUUAUCUGAGAGAUUUCUUAAUUAUUCUGAUUUUAGAAGGUGGUGUGUGAGAAUUUUUACAAGUUCUGGUUAAGGCCGGGGGCUAAUUUUAAAUCACGAAUAAAACUAUUUCUAAAGCCCCUGUAAGUCUGCCUCUGUAUUUGGGUAGGCAGCCAAGUUUUACCAAGGCUGGUGGGCAUUCUGGUGUUCACAUGUGCUGUGCAUGGCAUCCCUGUAGAGAUUAUAUUUGGUCCCUAGAUCCAGAAGAGUGGUAUUCUCUGGAGACCACUCCUUUUAAAUGGGUUGUACCUCACUGUUCACCUAAGUUUAUUCUGAUCUAUGAUGCCAAGGUGAAAUAAUGUGUGUAAUCUUUAGUUGUUGUGGCUUACUGUAAUCCAGUGCUGAAAGCAUAAUACAUGACUUGUAAGAACCCCUCAUUUUAGUCUUCUGCUCCCAAUUAUUAUAUUUUAGAAGCAAGUUUCAUAUUACUCGGUAUUGAUUUAAACAGAGGAAUACUGCUAAAAUUAUGAAGUCAAGCUCUCAGAGAUAAAGGACUGUCAGCUGUCAAACUGAUGAGUGCAUUGAUCUUUCAUUUCUUUGUUUGGGCUUACAUGGUGUCAUACCUGCAGGAAUAUCUGUGCCAUUUCCUUGAUUAUGGGACAGCUGUCUCCAAGAAUGUUCAGGACAAAGCUGGGACAAAAUACGAGAAACUACAUUUGGCACUUCUAAUUUCUGACAAUCAAAAGACUUGACUUUGGAGAAUUAUUCUUUUCUUGUUAGUCUGCUUUGUAAUCUUAAUUUCUCUUUCUUAUCUUCUCAAACCUUUAAACUCAAAAUUUAUUUUUUCUUUGGUCCCGCUAGCUAAUGUGGUAUUAGUUCUUAAAUUUUUUUUCUCCUCUUAAGUUUUUUAGCCAGCAUUAUUGCACUAAAUGGAUUGUGAGCACUUUACUUUUCCAGGUAGCUGGAGUUGCAGAUCAUUUUGUUGCAAGUGAAAAACUUCAAAAAAUUCAUAAAAGCAAUGUAUUUGAUGAUAAGGUUUGUCUCCAUUUCCAUUUGUAAAUAGUAUCAACUACGUUUAUGUAGUUAUAAAACUAUUGCUAUGCCUGUAUGCCUUGCCCAAUUGACUCUAUAUUACAUUUUUCUAUUUUAUGGGAUAUGGACUUUAUUUUGCAUAUGUAUUUAUGUAGUGGUACGCACACAGAACUUUUAAGUUGACAUCAGUGUGCGUUAAUCUGGGGCUUUGAGUGGUGUCUGGAAAAACAAACAGAGCCUGUCACCAUCGUGUAGAGCUGGAAGUUGCACCAAAUCCUUAGAAAUAACUUUAAAAAGAGGCAUUGUUUAUUUGCUUAUUCUCUUCAUUUGUCAGACAUUUUGUAUUUUACAGAAAUUACUGUUUAUGGUCACUGGUGAACUGUGAGCUGCAACAUGAUGUUUCCCUUCUGGAAUCCAAAGGCUUCAAAUAUUCUGUCUAAAUUUGCAAGUUACUGAUUAAAAAAAAAAAAAAAAAAAAAAAAAAAAAAAAAAAAAAAAAAAAAAAAAAA